GUGUCCUUUCUGCGAACCCCGCCCCUUUGUUUCUUCUCGCCUGGAACGUGAACAGGCCGCUUGCGUUUGAAAAGGUAGCUAGAAGACUACUGAAUACUUCGGAAGGAUUGUGUUACAAUCGAGCCGGAAUCCUCUCAGUAUCCCUCAGCCUGUAACCAUCUUCCUCCACCACUCUCUUUACUGCCUCAGCAUACGACACCUUCCGUACUUCACCUUCCGUACUUCAUGAUACUGUGACCUCACAAGGAGUUCCACUGCUCUGGUGACAGGUGACCUCACAAGGAGUUCCACUGCUCUGGUGACAGGUGACCUCACAAGGAGUUCCACUGCUCUGGUGACAGGUGACCUCACAAGGAGUUCCACUGCUCUGGUGACAGGUGACCUCACAAGGAGUUCCACUGCUCUGGUGACAGGUGACCUCACAAGGAGUUCCACUGCUCUGGUAACAGGUGACCUCACAAGGAGUUCCACUGCUCUGGUGACAGGUGACCUCACAAGGAGUUCCACUGCUCUGGUGACAGGAGGAAGAUCUGGUGUUAUGAGAACUCCAGAUAGGAAAGAAACAGGACACAUGAGAAAGACACCUCACUCUUUGUGACAGCUCCAUUCAAUAACCAGUUGUUAUUGCCAUUUUUACCAAGAAACAUUCAGACUCUGCUGGGACAAAAUGAAUCGAGAGAAGGGAGUGUUGAUGGAUGAAAUUGAGAAGAGUUUAUGGAAUUUAACUGAGGACAAUUUAUGUUACCUAUGUGAACAUCGUGGACAUGAUGCAUCCGAAGUUAAAGGAAUGGAUCACCGCUCAUUGCGGCGUAAAAUCAUGGAAGAAAUGUGGGACAAUACGGAUUCAAUGAAAUGGGAGGAGCAGGGAAUGUCUUGGUUACUCCAACUGAAAGAGGACAUCAGGAGGAUACAGGAGGAUGCUAGGGCAGCAUCCUGGAGUCACCGCCAGGCUGAUCAUGCUGUGGACUGUGAUGAAGGAGGGAGCAGAGAGGGAGGGGCUGGGUUAUCUAGCAACGGGUUGGAGGCGGAGUCCACGAGUCCCAGACAAUCCAACUACGAUGACGCUGCAGACUGCGACGUGGAGGACACGGAUUGGUUGCCUAGCAACAGACUGGAGACGGAGUUAUCUCCAGAAAAGCACACACCAGAGCAGAGAGUGAGAGGCGACACGUCUCUCCCGAAGACCCCAUGUCGUGCCUCUCCUGGUAGCACCUUACUGCGAGGUCUGAAGAGGGUGUCUGUGCAGCUGAUGGACUGCAGGAAAACACCAGGGCAGAAAACCUGCAAGAAAACCCACUCCUGUGCUCAGUGUGGGAAGAGUUUUGCCACAAAAGACAUUCUGGAGCGACAUCUGCUAACUCACACUGGAGAGAAACCGUACAUUUGCCCUCGUUGUGGGAAGAGUUUCAAUGAUCCAGGAAACUUAAAGAAACACAUCUUUAGAACUCACUCAGGAGAACAUUCUGAAGAGGAACCUUCUGAGAACAAUGUUGGUUCCUCAGAACAUGAUGGGACCGUGAAGAAACCAGUCCUUAAUCCAUGUUCUCACUGUGGGAAGAAGUUGUCAACCAAAAUAAGACUAAAGAUUCACCUGAAGACCCACACUGUAGAGAAACCUCACGUCUGCCCCGACUGCGGGAAGAGCUUCGCUUUCCGUCCCUCCUUGACCAAACAUAAACAUUUUAGUCAUUCAGAGCACGGAGUGAAACGUCAUGAAUGUGCAUUCUGUGGGAAAGUUUUUAAUCAACCAGGAGCCUUGAGGUCCCAUCAAAGAACCCACACUGGAGAGAAACCCCACCUCUGCUCCGACUGUGGGAAGAGUUACUGUUUUCAUUCGUCUCUGAGAAGACAUCAGGUACUCCACGCAGGAGGCAGUGCGAAGCCCCAUGUGUGCUCUGUCUGUGGGAAAGGCUUCAGAGAUUCUGGAUACUUAAAAAAACACCAAUCUGUCCAUUCGAGAGAGAAACCUCACCUCUGCUCCAACUGCGGAAAGACUUUCACGUCCUUACUUACCUUAACAAAUCAUUCCAAAUCACAUCGUCUAGAUGGAGACCAAUUCCAAUGCCCUGAAUGUAAGCGCCAUUUCCUAACCAAGGAAAGGCUGACCAGCCACCAGAGAACGCAUACUGGUGAAAAACCUUUCUGCUGCUCCCAAUGCCACAAACGCUUCUCUCAUUCAAAUAGUUAUCAAAGGCACCUUCGUAUGCACUCCGGUGAGAAACCCUUUGUGUGUCCUCUCUGCGAGAAGCGAUUUAACGACUCUUCGAACCUUAGAACACAUGUUAGAAGACAUAAAGGAGAGAAGAUAGGCAAGACACAGGUCUCUGAGCCAUGCCCUCACUGUGGGAAGAGGCUGGCUUCUAAGGCAGGGUUAGAGACUCACCUGCGGACCCACACUGGAGAGAAACCUCACCUCUGCGCCAACUGCGGCAAGAGCUUCGGCUUCCACUCAGCUUUGAGAAGACAUCAGAAAACGCAGCACGGAGAGCAAGUAGAGAAGCCGCAUGUCUGUUCUGUCUGUGGGAAAGGCUUCAUGGAGUCUGGAGCGCUGAAGAAACAUGUGGUGACCCACGAGGAGAAACAGCACCUUUGCUCCGAUUGCGGGAAGAGUUUCAGAUUGCUUCAGGCCUUGUUGAAUCAUCAGAAAACCAAGCAUCAGAAAAUAAGCGAGCAAGUAAGAGAGAAUAAUCAGUACCUCUGCCUUACUUGCGGCCAGGAAUUCAGUUCAAAUCAUAGAUUGGUAAUCCACGAGAGAAAGCACACAGGAGAGAAACCUUACCAAUGCGCCCAGUGCAGCAGGUGCUUCGCUGAUAAGACUAACAUGAGGCGUCACCAGACGGUGCACACAGGAGAGAAACCUUUCCAAUGCGCCGUCUGCGACAUGAAGUUCUCUCAAGUCGCCUCUUUAAUACGGCACCACUUAAUACACUCGGGUCAGAAACCGCACCACUGCACUUACUGCGACAAGAGUUUCUCUCAGUCGAACACGCUGAAAACACACAUACUAACCCACACUGGAGAGAAACCGUACCAGUGCCCCGACUGCGGGAAGCGUUUCACCGAAAAGAAAGCCAUAAAGAAACACCAGCGCGACACACAUGGGUCAGGGGAACACAGCGCACACCGCUUUCUCAUUGAGACUGAGUCAAGACCAGAGCCCUCAAGCAAAGCCGUAGCAAUGCCCUGACUGUAGAAAAUGUUUCUCAGAGAAAAGAGCUCUUGUGGAACACCAGAAGACACACCGGAGAGACGGCGCCCCUAUUGUUUCAUUUUGAUCUGAAGGUUUGUAAAUGUUUCAAAAUAAACAUGUGCUUUUUUUAAA